CAGCUGCUGGCACAAUGUGCCAGGGACCCUGGUCAUCAGCCUCCCUGCAUCCCUCAUGCCUGAGGUGGCCCCUAGCACACAGUAGGUGUCCAUCACCCCAUUUCAUGGAUGGACAAUAGGAAGCUGCUUCCUAAGCUGCUGGGAGCUGGCAGGGAGCACAGGAAGCAGCUGGUUAACUCUGGGAGUGUCCGCUCAGCUCAGCCACCUGCUCUGUGACUUGAGUGAGGGACUGGCCUGGCUGGGCCACUGGAGCAUGUCUGCAGGCUGUGAGGUGAACCUCAGGGGUCCUGGGGCCGGCCACGGGGCUCUUUGGAAGCUGACUGACACUGGAGUUGUGAGGGUUGUGGGGCCCGGGUGAGCUGCAGUACGCCCCAGGCCAGCGCCAUGAAGCUGAAUGAACGCAGCCUGGCUUUCUACGCCACGUGUGACGAGCCUGUGGACCACGAGGGCUUCCUGCACAAACAGGGUGGCCGGCCGGCGGCCUCGCAGCGGCGCUGGUUCGUACUGCGUGGCAACCUGCUCUUCUACUUUGAGGAGCCAGCGGCACGUCAGCCGCUGGGUGUCAUUGUCUUGGAGGGCUGCACCGUGGAGCUGGUGGAGGCUGCCAAGGACUUCACCUUUGCCGUGUGCUUCGCUGGCUCCCGGGCCCGUGCCUAUGUGCUGGCUGCCGAGAGCCAGGCCGCCCUGGAGGGCUGGGUGAAGGCCUUGUCACGGGCCAGCUUUGACUACCUUCGCCUAGUGGUGCGUGAGCUGGAGCAGCAACUAGCUGCCAUGCAACCAGGGGGCUGCACCGCCCUGCCUCGCCGGCCCAGCGCGCUCCCACCCAAGGAGAACGGCUGUGCUGUCUGGAAUACUGAGGCUCCCACAGUUGUCCCUGUGGGCACCCGAACCAGACCCCCGCAACCACCCCCACGCCGUCGGGCCUCCGCGCCCCUUGGGCCCCCUGACACAGUGUCCUUCGCAAAGCUGCAUGAAGGGUACGGGCAGGAGAUCCAGGCGCUGCGGGCGCAGUGGCUCAAUCACCGUGCCCAGCCCUGAGGUUGCCAGGGCCCUGACUGGGGAGAUGCUGUUGACUUGCAUGCUGGGAGUGACCCAGCUACAGGGUGCUCCAGACCCCACCACAGCUGCAGCUGGGGCCGGAGAAACACAUGGCCCUCACCCUGCUCUGGCAGCUCCUUGUGGGCCCUGAGAAUAGACAGAGAGCCCAACUGUGGUGCACAGUGCCUGGUCCCCAGGGCCCUCAGA